UACGGGAGCGUUAUGAGACGUGCUGCCAGUACCAGCUACUGCCGUCUCUGUGAGAACUAAAUUCUACAUGAUAUCUGGCAAUUGGAGGCAGUUCUUACCUUCUCACAUAAUGACACUGAAACUAAUGACCUGGAUUAGAGAAGUACUCUGGAGUCUACUCUUAGGGUCAAAAAGGGCGAGUCAGGCACAAAGCAAAGUAACCAAACAUGAUUACACUGAACCAUGAAGAAGGUUCAAGGGAGGAAUAUCCCGUCCUUAUCGAAUCACAUGGCCAGUGAAAUUAUUACUCUAAUCAUCCGUGCUUGAUCAAGUACCUACACAAGAUUAACCAUGGAGGCUAACCUCACUACCGAAUCGAGCAAUAUUUCCAAUAAUUCGGCUUGGCAAGCGGUGGAAAGUGUUACAUUCGACAUCCAAACGUAUUAUCUCUGGGUUAUUCUCGCCUUGGGAUUCCCCGGUAACUGUGCAACCAUCGUUACAGUCAUUAAGAUGUCCCCUGCCAGAUCGCUAACCGUAUACAUAGCACUUCUAGCUGUUGUGGAUAAUCUCGCAAUCGUCAAUAAACUUCUGUUGUUUGUUUUACCCGAUAAAGGAGUGCAUAUUGGAAACUUCGGCUGCAAAAUUCUUGGGUACUUCGGAAACUUCCUCAUCACAUUUGCCAACUGGUUACUCGUGGCCAUGUCUGUGGAAAGGUUCGCUGCUGUGUGGUUCCCGUUCAAAGUUGGACAAAGCUGGACGUUCAAAAAGUCUCUAACAGCAGUGGUUCUUGUGGCGCUGCCCUUGAGUGUGUUGUUCCUGCAUCUCUUCUGGAUCAUGACUUUCAUUGUGGAGGAUACUGGCGUGUUUUGUGACAUCCACGAAGAAUAUAGACAUUUCAUGAUGCACAUAUGGUACUGGAUUAAUGUUAUGAUAUAUGCUGUGGUACCCUGUAUCCUCUUGCUGCUGUUCAACCUGUUGAUCGUCAUGGGGAUUGUGAGGUCGGCACGCGCUCAAAAGUACUUAAAGAGUACUCGUGGUAACAAGAGUGGCUCAUCCGCCGUUGACCGCCAUCGGCCAAUUACAAUCAUGUUAGUAACAGCGGCUGUGACGUUAGUAGUGCUAACCACGCCGAGGUGCGUUAUGCUAAUUCUCACACCCUACUGGACUCCCCCGCUCAACAGCAUGCGAGGUGCCGUAAAGUUCCUAAUAGACACCAUUGCAUUUCUCUUGUGUGAUUUAACGCAUGCCAUCAACUUUUAUGUGUAUUCUCUCAGUGCGAAGAGCUUUCGGCGCCAGUUCUUGGAACUGUUUUUAUGCCACAAAAGAGAUAAAGCAACAAACAGCACACAAUAUGUGUCUCUAACGUCCCGUGCUUCUGUGAAGAUAAACAUGACCUCCUUAAAUGGAGAAAAACCAAUACUACAUUUUUCAAAGAGCAUUGAAGACUGAUAAACUUGACAAUGAUGACUAUUUGUGCACCAUGGCACCAUUGUACCGUAUAGCUGAUGUUCCCGAGGAGACGAUCAUUAGUAAUUUCAGUGUUUAGAUUACGACUAAUUUGUGAAACUGACAAACAUUUUGACCUUACAUGACAAGCUUGUGUUUGUGUCAUUAGCUCCUGGACUAUCAGCGAUGAAUGCUCAGAAUAAUACUAAAGAGUCGAUAGAGAUUUACCGUCGGACAAUGACAUAUGAUUGCACAAAGUAUGAGACACAUACAUUGUAAUGCUUGUAAUCAUGAUAACAGUAAAAUGGUCACUGAAUAUAACUGCUUCAAUUUCCUA